AUGUCAACAGAGUCGAUCAAACUUAAUACUGGUGCUAGAAUCCCAAUCCUCGGAUUAGGGACAUGGCAGUCUGCACCAGGUGAGGUGAAGAACGCUGUUGCAUAUGCACUUCAAACAGGCUACAAACAUAUCGACUGUGCAUUCUGCUAUGCGAAUGAGGAUGAGGUGGGUGAAGGGCUACAGGAAGCUUUUGAGAAAGGAAUCAAACGAGAAGACGUCUUUGUGACUACCAAGUUGUGGAGCACGUUCUCCAGCAAAGUGGAAGAAGGCCUUGACCUUAGUUUGAAAUCUUUAGGCUUGGAGUAUGUGGACCUUUACCUUGCAAGUACUACGUCUGGAGUCAGUGGAUUUGGACAUCUAAUGCAGUGGACAGGCAACGACAUACGGUUUCCCAAGAAGCCCGACGGGUCGCGAGAUCUUGAUUUGUCCUGGUCACACACCCAGACAUGGAAGCAAAUGGAAGAUUUAUUGAAGAUAGGCAAAGCUCGAGCCAUUGGUGUGUGCAAUUAUAGUGUCAGAUAUCUCAAUGAGCUUCUUCAGGAGUCCACAAUAGUUCCUGCCGUCAAUCAGAUUGAGAAUCACCCACACCUACCUCAAAACGACAUCGUCCACUACUGUAAGGAGAAAGGUAUUCAUGUUACCGCAUAUUCUCCACUGGGUAGCACCGGAUCACCUCUGGCCAGAGAUCCAUGCGUUCAAGCGUUGGCAGCCAAAUACCAAGUAUCUCCGUCAACGGUGUUGUUGAGCUAUCACAGCGCUCGUGGCAUCUCUGUAUUGGCCAAAUCCGUCACUCCUGGUCGGAUCGACCAGAACCAACUGCUUAUUCCAUUGGGCGAAGAAGAUUUACAAAUGCUUGAGGCUAUCCACAAAACGUCAGGCGUAACUCGAUACGUCUACCCUCCCUUCGGAGUUGACUUUGGGUUUCCCGAUAAGGCACAGGAUCUUAAAAACAGUAGAUAG